AUGACAUUGCGAGACAUGGUCAUUGCAGACAUUGCGGAACCCCGAAAAAUCCCAGAUAUAUCAACCAGUAAACAAAUAGAGAAUACCAAUAUUGUGAAUAUUGGAGCGGCGAACAUCUUGAGUGGUCUCACGAGUGCGUUGACCAUCGCAUCGAAAAACGAUGAUCAUAGCAACAUUCUUGCUUUGGGUCUCUGCUAUAAUGCAGAGAAGGAACAAGAGGUUUGCCAGAUUGUAGACGGGCCUACGCCCACUUUCGACCAAUUUCUAGGAUUCGAAACAUCGUUGGGUCCAUCGUAG